UUGUUGUUGGAGAAAGGAGAAAGGAAAGCGCGAGGAGCCGCCGCCGUCACCAGCGCCGCCGCUCAGAAGCCGAAGAGACCGGGCUGCCGCCCCGCCGCCUUCCCGCCGCUGCCUCCGCGUGCUGCAGGACUCGUUCCAGCAGCCUGUAAAACAUGGUGGAUUACUAUGAAGUUCUAGGCGUGCAGAGACAUGCCUCCGCCGAGGACAUUAAAAAGGCGUAUCGGAAACUGGCGUUGAAGUGGCACCCAGAUAAAAAUCCUGAGAAUAAAGAAGAAGCGGAGAGGAAAUUCAAACAAGUAGCCGAGGCGUACGAGGUGCUCUCCGACGCUAAAAAACGGGACAUCUAUGACAGAUACGGCAAAGAAGGAUUAAAUGGUGGAGGUGGAGGUGGAGGUGGAGGUGGAGGUGGAAUUAACUUCGACAACCCGUUCGAGUUUGGCUUCACAUUCCGGAACCCAGAUGAUGUGUUCAGGGAAUUUUUUGGUGGAAGGGACCCGUUUUCAUUCGACUUCUUUGAAGACCCAUUUGACGACUUCUUUGGGACUCGGCGGGGUCCGCGUGGGAGCAGGAACCGGGGAACCACCUCAUUCUUCUCCGCCUUCACAGGGUUCCCGGCUUUCGGCGGAGGGUUUCCGUCUUUUGAUACAGGAUUUACUUCCUUCGGGUCAAUAGGUCAUGGAGGUCUCACUUCAUUCUCUUCGACGUCAUUUGGUGGUAGUGGGAUGGGCAACUUCAAGUCCGUGUCGACUUCUACCAAAAUUGUUAACGGAAGAAAAAUCACUACAAAGAGAAUUGUCGAGAACGGUCAAGAAAGAGUAGAAGUUGAAGAAGACGGCCAGUUAAAGUCCUUGACGAUAAAUGGUAAGGAGCAGCUGCUACGCUUGGAUAACAAGUAAUUCAACGCACGCAUGUAACAGAGAUGUUAACUGUAACAAGCACCAUGUGAGGAUUAACAGGAACAUUUUUUUGAAGAUUUCAGACGAACUCGACUUUCAGUAUAACUGUCCCUAAUCUAAAGUAUUUAUACACGCUCAUCGGAGCCUGUUUGUCAGACUGUUGAUUUAUUGUUGGGACCACAUGAUAGGACCUUUUCUUUUUGGUCUUUACAAUUGUUGUAAAUCUCUGUAUGCACUUUGCUUUUUAUUAAACGUGAUCCAGGGUGGCCGUGACUUCAUACACUAACACCAGCACGGACCUGCUUUCCAUUGUGUGUAAACAUGAGCCAAGCAGUGGCGGCCUGCUGUGAAGCUAACAUUGCCAGGACGCGCUCCCAGAGUAGUUUCAGUCUUUCAGUGUUGAGUAGUGAAAGGUACUAAUGCAUCAAUGGUAAUACAUUUCUGGUUUAGUAUAAAUUGAGGAUGUUUUCUAGUUGUGCAUGAAUGCUGGCAACUUAGUAAGUUUUGACAAUUGUUUAAAUGUGUAAUGUUAAGCUUAGGUUUAAAAAGUAAAGCUGGUAAAAUGGGUCUUUGUUAUUUGCUUUAAAAAAAAAAAGAAAAUAAAUGCGAUGUGUUUGGUGCA